GGUGUGUGUGUGGUGUGCGAUGACGCGACACUCCGCUGCCGCGAUCGUCGUGGUGGCGAUUGCGACGACUGGUGGUGGUAUUUUGCUUUAUCGCGCAUGGAAGCGCCAACACCACACGCGGACGCAUGUGCUUGAGGACAUGCCGCACCAAGUUGGCGGCCACUCGUGCGACAAGACGAGCUUGAAAGUAUACCAAGGCAGGGUACUCAAGCCGUUCCAGACAAAGAACCGAGGUGAAACCGAGCUCGCGUUCUACGAGCGCAUUGCAUCCAGAAGCUUGCCGUACUUCCCUGUGUUCUACGGCGUCGUCGAGCUUCCUUCGUCUCAAGAACUUCGACGAUACCUGCAGCUUGAGGACCUCUUAAGCGGCAUGACGCAACCCUGCAUCAUGGACGUCAAAAUUGGCACGCACUCGUACGACCCGACUGCAACCCCGGCAAAGAUCGAUUUAGAAGCAGCCAAGUGUCCGCUGCAAGCGAUCAUGGGCUUUCGCCUGCAAGGCAUUAAAGUGUACUGGGACACAACGGGGCAAUUCCACGACUACGACAAGCACUACUUUCGCGCGUUGACGACGGAGGACGCCAUCGAAGACAGUUUUGCGCGAUACUUCGAGAACGGCCACCACGAAGCACGUUCGAAGCACCUUCAAAUUGCAGCCCGCGCCGACCGCGUGGUUCAAUUUCUACGAAAGAUCAAACGGAUUCGAGCAUGGAUCGCGACCCAAACCGAGUUCCAAUUCAUCGCGAGCUCUCUCUUGUUUGUGUACGACGCCAGCAACGCCGCCAGCGUCGACGUCCGGUUCAUCGAUUUUGCACACGUCCAGUUCGAUCAAGGCAAAGUCGACACGGGUGUCCUCGUUGGGCUCGACAGAAUCCUGUGCAUUUUCAGACACCUCCUCGACUCGAUCGAGUUGCCGUCGAGCCGGCGCGAGGCCAUGCUCGUCGACGACGUCCAAGACUAGUUCGAUCUUGUCCCGACGCAAUGGAAGCCGUGCAACGUGGUGCUGUCCUUGACUUGCACACGCCAAUUCCACAAACGCUUCAAAUCCAAAUUUCAAAUUUUAUCCCCACCACGCCGGCUACUGAUUGAUACCAUCGAUCGCUCUGGUCAGCGACAGCACAGUCGGUCGUCGCGAACCAUGGACAAUGUGAAACAUGGCAGCAGCGACAGGCACUCAUUGCC